AUGACGGUCGAGGAAUCCUUCGACCAAGUGGAAAAGAUGCUGGAAGAGCACAGACAACAACGCAAAGAACAGAAACCUCGUCGGGUUGAAGCGUUGAACGUCAUCAAUGAGUCAUCUCCACUACAACGUCACACAUUCGUAUUUGCACCUUUGGAUGACCCACGGAUGUUGUCUGAAAUCGCAGCACAAGAUGCGGCGGAUGCUCGAGAAGGUUUGAAGAAAGGGGAGUCCGAAAUGGACAUAGAAGUCGGUGGUUCCAACACAAAACUGAAGUAUUUUGGACCGGAUGCACGCACCUCGUACUAUUUAAUGUACAGGGAGCUGCACAGCAAGCCUCACCUCUUUGUUGAUCGUGACACACAUGAGCAUCAUCACCGAGGUUCAAUACGAAGUAACUCAACUGUAACUGGUCGAAGACGCUCGACGGGAAUGCGACGAUCGCUACCGACGUUAGAACAAGCGCAGAUAUCUGUCGGAGGCGAAACGGACUUGGUAUCGUCUGUACCGCGUUCACCACGUACGCUCUUCCUUGGUGCGAGUCUUGCAGGGAGUCAAACAGCCCCGACGCUUCUACUAAGGAAGGAACAUAACCAACGGACCUUCGACCUCAGUCACCAGGGUCUAGGAGACAACUUUAUCGUGCGAUUUGCUGCGUGUUUACCAGAAUUGCCUCUUGUCGAGUGUAUUAAUGUGUGUGACAACCGAUUGACCGAUGCAGGGAUUAGCUGCUUAUUGCGAGCACUGGAGAACAAACCGCACUUAACGUCCCUGGACAUAUCGUCGAAUCCGAUCGGCGUCGAUGCAGCAAACAUCCUUCGGGGGUAUAUACGCUCUAACUUGAGUACGUUGCGUAUGUUGGCGUUGAAUGAAGUCUCGCUGAGUGAUCACGAGUGUGCACGACUAGCGAAAGCUUUGGAAUACAACAAAUCUAUUGAUCGGCUUUUGCUCCGUGGAAACCAGAUAGGGUUACAAGUGCUUACUGGUACAGGAGGGGAUUCCUUUGAUGAAAACGAGGAAGAAGAGGAAGCAAAGCCUACAAAGCUCUUGACUGGGGGACAGGCCCUCGGUAGCAUGCUCACAGCCAAUCUGACACUCCAGCACUUGGAUUUAUCAUGGAAUCAACUGCGUGCAGUUGGAUGUGGCUUCAUCGCUGCUGCAUUACCGUUGAACUAUCAAUUACGAGAGCUUGAUUUGAGUUACAACGCGUUGGGGGAUAAAGGAGCGUUGUCUCUAGCUCACGCUUUACGCGCAGGCGCUCGGUUAAAGAAACUGACGUUAAGUUACAACGGCAUCACUUCUCGAGGAGCUGUGGGUCUAGCCAGUGGUUUAGCCGUGAAUUCAUCGUUGUCGAUGCUGACUUUAGACGGAAAUCCGCUUGGAGCUCAGGGUGGUAAAGCUCUUAUGCAUGCCAGUUGUGCGCCACGACCAAACACGGGAGAAGCGUCAACUGUAUGUCAACUGUCCCUGUUGGAUUGUAGCUUAAACGUUUCGGCCCCAAAGAUGUCAGCAGCUACAGGAGAUGAGCAAUUGCAUGUAUUUAACCCGGUGGACCCAGCAGGCAGCUACGUAUUGGACCUCAGUGACGCCUACGAGCACAUGGUCGCGCACGAAUUAUUGCGACUUGCAGUGUCACAUCCUGCACGUUUCCACUUUACAAAACUCGAGUAUAACGCGUUGACACAGAGAGGACAAGUGACAAAGCUCGAAAUGGUUAAACGACGUAUCAUUCCUUCCUCAGCUUCGAUGGAGACAAUCGAUACCACUAGCAGUGGGAAAUCCCUGAAUCCAGUGGCAUUGUUGUUUCAGCGACUUGAUGAAGAUGGAUCGGGCUCUGUGGAGUUUAAUGAGCUUGGGGACGCAUUACGUAGCUGUGGGAUUGAUGUAUGUGAUGAACAACUCGUGGGUUUACUGGAAAAAUACGAUUAUGACAAAAGUGGUUCUUUUCACAAACGUGAAUUUGGCGAUUUAUUCGCACGAGUUGGGUUUGCAUUUGUUGAUUCGGAUAAUUCGGGUUCGUUGGAUACAGAAGAGCUUCGACGUGUAUUUCAACUACUGGGUGUGACAGAAGAACUCGAAGUCAAUGAUGAUAUUGCUCGAAUGAUUUCUAAGUACGAUCUGGAUGGUUCAGGGGAAAUCGAUGCUUUCGAGUUCCUUGAAUUUAUGACUUCCGAGGUGUUUACAGUCCAAGAUGCACAGAAAAAUAAAGAAAACGAGGAAGCCAAGUUGACAAGACUUGAACCGUGUGAAGUUGGUUCUGGAGCGAGCUGGCAGAUUCCGAACGUUGGUCAACUCACCGCUGAUUUUGCUCAUAGUGGUGGAGUUGAUAGCAAUACCGGUGGAAGUUCAAGCGAAAUUUACCCGCCAUCAGACUCUUUGUUGAUGCCAGAUAAUAUGCUAUCGAGAUUCCUUGUCAAUGCGUCAAGUAUCAGCCGAAAUAUAACAGAACAAACGGAAUUUUUACAUAGCGUUCUCGCCGAAUCCGGGUUGUUUUUAUCUGCAGUACAAGGAGAGCAGCUUCUUACUCGACAAGGGGUAGCUUCGUCCACCGUCCGACCGGGUAGGAGACUGGUCGCCCUUGCGAAGCUGUUGCCCCAGAUUAUUGAUCACCGUGAAGCGGCUAGUCUGGUGACUCGUAUCGUGGAUAUUCACAACCAAUGGCUUGAGCGUCUUGCAUUGCGUCGUUGGAUCGGACCUCAGCUGUAUAGUGUACUGGUAGGAUCUCUCACCAACACCUAUUCUUUUGAUCUCAAUCGCGAGGAUCAUCAAGUGGCUUUACGUAGAUUAGCACUGAUUGCUCAAGAGGAAAAGCAGUUCAGUCGUUGGCGAUCUGGACGUGGAGAUACGUCACAAAGUGGCAAUUGGGAGAACUUCAGAUGGGCUACGUUAGACGGUGAACCGGUAUUACUCUCUAGUUCCUACAUCCUCAACAAGCUGCUAGGACCGGUAGAACGCUCUUUGCUUCCAUCUUCGAAACUUUGUUUUUAUUACGUGAGUACAACUCGGCCUCCACGAGGCACGAAACCUCUUAGUCAACGCAGAUUUGAACAAUUGGCUGCUGUAUUGGUACAACCGCCGGGCGAGAGUGAUAUAUCUGCUCUAUGUGAAGACCACCGUGACCAGGAACAAGACUUAGCUAUGUCUAACGAUAAGAAGAGGACACAGGCUAUACUGCGUUGGGAGCUUUUGAAGAGGUUUGUAAAGACUCAUCGCGUUACUGAGAAGCGGAAUAAAAACAAGAGAAGAAGUAUCGCUGGAGAAACGAUGGAUCGACUUACGAAUACAUUGGAGAAUUUACAUCAGAAAUUACAACUAUUGGAGAUUCUGGUGGCUGAUCGAUGGCUUACCUGCGCCCAAGCACAAGACUUGGUAUCGGCAUUCCCGAACGCAGUCAGAGCUCGUGCUCGAGCAGCUUGUCUAAUUUUCUCUCGCAUUGUUGAUAUUGAGAAUUUUAUCCAGAUAUAUGACGGUCUGUCGAUUGAAGAUCAAGAAGAAUGUGUUAAGCGGCUUGGGUGGCUAAAUAUUUUAGAUCCAGUACUGCCAGAACGACAAUAUCCGCCACUGGAUUUGAGUAUUUACGAUGAACGCGAACUCGUACAAAUACUAGCACAGCUCGCAUUACAAGAAGGAACUUCUAGCUGGCAGAACGCUUCAUAUCGCCCAAACAUCGCUUCUGCUGGCAGUGAUCAAACGACGGAGGGUUUCUCUGUACUCCCACCACCUGGAUGGGGUCGACCUGACGCGGUGGGCCCAGACAGUGUGAAACACCAUGGCACGGUUUGCUUGCGUUACCAAAGUUACCCAAUGGAGGGGACGGACGAAACUCAGCGAGAUGCUGAAAGACUCGCGCUUCGGGAUCGUGUGUUAUGCGGUUCAAGACUUUUCCUCUAAGGAUCGCGAAGAACAGUUUCACUUUACCAACCUGUGGAAUAUUUAUUGUAUUCUGCCGACGUUUCGUUGCUAUUGGUCACCCUGCGGUUGUCAGCCGGAAACCAUUCAGGAGGCACAUGCCGACCAAUUGAAACAUACUCAAGUACCCACCAAACGAUUCGAAACUCACUUAAGUUGACACGUGAAACAAUAAAGCACUUCAAGAUAUUUGUUAACAGAGCGAUACAAAUAUCAUCCUG